CGAGCGCGCGCGAGCGGUUGUGUCAUGUGAAUCAUGAUGCAAAUAACAAAAAUAAUCCUUAUACUAAUCCCGAUAAUAGUGCCAUGUGACAAUUCGGUGACAAAUGAACUCGACAUCAAAUGUAUAAAGAAAAGUGUUCUAAGCAAAGUGUACUGCAACAAUCUCGUGCGUUACGUCGAAAACUUUAAACUUUGGAAGAAACGUAAGCGAUUGACGAGUAUGUUUGAUGAGUUAAAGAUUAGAAUUAAACGAAGAGCAAUGGAUUACGAGUAUGUUUUGGAUGUGAAAAGCACACCUGUGGCUCGAGGCGAGCUUCGAAGCAGUUCUGAUAUUUUGGUAACAUUCAAGAGGAAUUGGCCUUUGGCGCUGUGGCGACGGUACCUGUUCACUGAUGACUACUUGCUCCUCAUCAAUCCUCAUUGGCUGAAAUUUGGACCACCAGAACCUGCCAUGCAAUAUCUCCUUGGUGGGUUAUACGUCACCAUGGCUGUUGUGGGCUGUUCGGGAAACGCAGUUGUUAUCAUAAUGUAUUUUAGAUGCCGAUCUCUCCGCACCCCAGGAAAUAUUUUGGUAGCCAACCUGGCCCUCAGUGACUUCAUAAUGCUGGCAAAAACACCAAUAUUUAUUUUUAACUCAUUCAAUCUCGGACCAGCGUUGGGAAAAACAGGUUGCGUGUUCUACGGUUUCGUUGGAGGUUUAAGCGGAACAACAUCAAUUGCUACUCUGACAGCGAUUGCUCUGGACCGAUACUGGGCUGUUGUCUACCCCUUACAGCCCCUUCGAGCCCUCACUGCCAUUCGAGCCCGCCUUUUCGCAAUAGGCGCCUGGAUCUACGCAGCCAUUUUCUCAAUAAUCCCAGCUUUAGAUAUCGGUUACGGCCACUACGUUCCAGAAGGCUUCCUCACCAGCUGCAGCUUCGAUUAUCUCACAGAUGAACUGCCCCCACGCUACUUCAUCUUUGUAUUCUUCUGCGCUGCCUGGUUCUUCCCCCUUUGCAUCAUCUGCUUUUGCUACACUAGGAUCCUGCGUAUCGUUGUUGGAACCAGAAAUAUGAAUAACAAGAAUCAAGAAGAGAAGAUGUCUUCGAGACAUGUUAAGGAACAAACCAAACGGAAGGCGGAAAUUAAAUUAGCAGGUCUAGUCAUAGCGGUUAUAGCUCUCUUCUUUAUAUCUUGGACACCAUAUGCAAUAGUAACGCUGCUUGGUAUAUUUGGUCAGAAAGACGUCUUAACUCCGGGUGUAUCCAUGAUACCGGCGCUGUUCUGCAAAACUGCAGCAUGUAUUGACCCAUUUAUUUAUAUCAUCACUCAUCCCAAAUUUCGGAAGGAGCUACAGAAGAUGCUUUUUAAAGAUAAAUCACGAAGAAUGACGGGGACAUUUAAGAGUGUUGCCUACUCCAUGGAAACGACCAAGGUGAACAGAAUUAGCAGAGAUUUGAGCGACACAGAUGUAGAAGUAAUCGAGAUGAAAGACAUUCCAUAUCAUAAUGAUGCUAAUGGCGAUCACAUUAAAACGGUAUCAUCCAAAGUAUCGAAGAGGCAAGAUUCACUAAAAUCUGAAGGAGGUGUGAGUAUGAAAAGCAUUGAAGCAGGCGUAGUGAGCCCUCCCUCUUGGUACACCAAGCCGCAGUUUUCAAGAGCGAGAAGUUUCAGUCGUAUUUCGAAUAAAAGUUCGUGUUAAUUAACACAAUAAUAAAGUUACUACAUAUCCUGAAUUAGAAUGUUUCCGUACUCUAGAUGCCAGAUUAAAAUUAUAGAAAUGUUGAUGUUGCUACUGAUCGAUAUUUGUAGCAAUUUCUUUAUCUGCACUUGAUAUUUAUAAUCUAGAGACAACAUGUUAUGGGAUCAGAUCUUCUACUAUUUUAUCCAUAUAUGUUUUGCCCAACAUACAGGGAAAGGCAAAGUAUAUAAUGUAUAGUGUAACUCAUGAUAAAAAUACUCAAUCAAGGUCACGAUUUUUAUCUUACAAUUAAGUUAUAUUAUAUAUAUCGUUUUAAAAACGGAACUAAAUUGUUCAAAAUAAAUUUUAUUAUCAAUAUAUUAUGAUAGUCUAUUCUUCCAGCUUUAGAGCAGUGUUGGUCAAGUGGCUUAAGCGUGCGACUUUCAUCCUUGAGGUCGUAUGUUAGAUCCCCAGCUGUGCACCAAUGGUCUUCAUUUCUAUGUG